UAGUAUUAAGAAUUAUUAAAAGACAUUGUCAGAGGUCAAGUUUUACGGAAGUGAACUUCUACCCAGAGUUCCAUCAAGAACAAACUUCCUGUUCGAAACAUAAACACUCGGAUUCCUCGAAACCAUGCGAAUAGUUCGGCAUUAAUUUUUGAAAAUUUGUAUUAAUUCAAUUUUAUUGACACCUAAGAAAUACAAAUCAUCAAUUUAUAUUUAUAGUAUUUUCUGUAUCAGCUGAAAAACAGCUUGGAUAUAUAAUAGCAUGGCUGAUUCAUAUUCGUUUGUGAAAGGUGGACGGUUAAAAGUGAAGGGUCAAAAGAAGCACAAAAAGCAUAAAAAGAGAAAACAUGAUGCUAUUUCUGGUCCCGAAGAAAGUACCCCUGUAGAUACCGAUCGCAGUGGAUGGUGGAGUGUAUCGUCUAUCGAUGAUCUAACCGGACCCAUUGCUGUCGAAAUGAAGCCAUCGCAUUACAUCAAUAGCUUGGACAACGGGCUUUUUGAACUGGGACCCGAACACGACGAACAGGAACCACCCGACCCCACAGAGAUCAUUACAGCUAUUAAAGUGAAUGAGACGAAAAUCGCGCUUAAAUCCGGAUACGGGAAAUAUCUGAGCGUGGAAAAGUCUGGUGAAGUGGUGGGUCGGUCCGAUGCUAUUGGUGAACGAGAACAAUGGGAACCGGUUUUUCAAGAAGGGAAAACUGCAAUUUGUGGGCCCAAUGGUUGUUUUCUCUCCUCCGAUGAGGACGGUAACAUAACUUGUAUUAAAUCGAAAGCUGGCCCAAGCGAAAUGGUCCGCCUGAAAUCUUGCACUGAUAAUACACCAGACCCCAAAGCUGAUAUACCCGUUGAAGAACGGGCUUCUGUUAGACAGGCCGAAAUCAACUACGUGAAGAAGUUUCAAAGUUUCCAAGACCGAAGACUACGAGUGAGUAAAGAUGAUGUUAAAGUGCUAAAGAAAGCUAAAAAAGAUGGAACUUUGCAUGGAAAUCUGUUGGACCGACGCGAAAAAAUGAAAUCCGAUCGGUAUUGUAAAUAAACAGUUUUGUCAUUUUUAUUUGAUUAAAAAAAAAAACCCCAGAAAACCCAUUAAACAAAAUUUGUUGUCACA